AGCCCGGCUUCGGACGGUGAGCGGGACGCAUCGGGCAACAGAAGAACACGCCGCAGGAGGAUAUGUGAAGUUGGAAUCCCUCUGAAACUAAUGGUGUGAAGUGGCUCUGUCCCUGGAGCCGAGACUUCAUCCCCUUGGUGUCAGCAAGGAUGCUGUGGGUUACCUUGCUGAGCACCAUAGCCUUAGGAUGGACCACCCCAAUCCCACUACUAGAGGACUCCGAAGAGAUCGACGAGCCCUGCUUCGAGCCCUGCUACUGCGAGGUCAAAGAGGGCAUUUUUCACGUCCACUGUGACAGUAAAGGAUUUACAAAUGUCAGCCAGAUCUCUCAGAUGUGGAGUCGGCCCUUCAAGCUCAACCUGCAGAGAAACUCAAUGAGGAAGCUUUACUUUAAUAGCUUCCUCCAUCUAAACAAUGCCAUAUCCAUUAACCUGGGUAAUAAUGCCUUGCAAGAUAUCUAUGCUGGAGCGUUCAACGGAUUAGGAAUACUCAAACGGCUGUUCCUACAUGAAAACAAACUUGAGGUUUUCCGGAAUGACACUUUUCUGGGGUUGGAGAGUUUAGAGUAUCUCCAGGCGGACUACAAUGUUAUCAAACGGAUUGAAAGUGGUGCAUUCAGGCAUCUGCACAAAUUAAGAGUGCUCAUAUUGAAUGACAAUCUCAUCCCUGUGCUCCCAAAUUAUCUUUUCAGGUCUGUGUCACUCACACAUCUGGACCUAAGAGGAAACAGACUAAAGACAUUGCCAUACAAAGGCACACUGGAGUACAUUGGGAGGAGCUUAAUGGAAAUCCAGCUGGAGGAGAACCCCUGGAACUGUGUGUGUGAGAUUGUUCAGUUAAAAACAUGGCUGGAGAGGAUCCCUUAUACAGCAUUGGUUGGGGAGAUCACAUGUGAGUACCCGUUCCACUUGCAUGGAAAAGACUUGAGGGAAAUCAAGCGCAGCGAGCUUUGUCCGCUACUCUCUGAUGCAGAGAUUGAGGCCAAGCUGGGAAUUCCCAGGGUCCCUUUCAGCAAUGAGAACACAUGGCCCACUAAACCUUCCUCCAUGCUCUCCUCCUUCCAUAACACAGCCUCUUCUGUGGAAUACAAGGAAAGAGUUGUCAAGCCUACCAAACGACCUCGGCCCACGAAGAACCCACCAACCCCUCGUAGCAUCUACCCAGGCAUCAACCAGCCCCCCAUUGCUGGCUACCAAACAAGGCCCCCCAUCCCUAUAAUUUGUCCUACUGGAUGCACUUGCAACCUUCACAUCAAUGAUCUAGGACUAACAGUUAACUGUAAAGAGAAAGGCUUUCAUAACAUCUCUGAGCUCCUGCCUCGGCCUCUCAAUGCCAAGAAAUUAUAUCUCAGUGGGAACCUAAUACAGAAAAUCUACCGUUCUGAUUUCUGGAACUUCUCAAGUUUGGAUUUACUGCAUUUAGGGAAUAAUCGGAUAUCAUAUGUCCAGGAGGGAGCUUUUAUCAACCUGCCAAACCUAAAAAGUUUAUAUCUGAAUGGGAAUGACAUUGAAAGACUAACUCCUGGGAUGUUUCGGGGGCUGCAGAUGUUGAGCUACCUUUACUUUGAGUAUAACGUCAUUCGUGAGAUACAACCUAACUCCUUCUCCCUGAUGCCAAACCUCCAGCUGGUUUUCCUCAAUGACAACCUGCUUCGCUCCCUCCCCACCGAUGCCUUUUCCGGCACUAACCUUGCACGCCUCAACCUCCGCAACAAUUACUUCCUUUCCCUGCCUGUUCGAGGUGUUCUUGAGCAUCUGACCUCCAUCGUCCAGAUCGAUCUACACCAGAACCCUUGGGACUGCUCCUGUGACAUCAUACCCCUUAAACAGUGGUUAGAAAAGCUCUCCUCUGUCAUCGUGGUUGGAGAUGUCUUCUGCAAGACUCCUGACUUUGCUAUCGGGAAGGACCUGCGUUCGCUGGAGGUUGAAGUCAUCUGUCCUGAGCUGAAGUACUCUUCAGGCCCCUCACCGGCCCUACCUGGUGGGGAUGACCUCACCACUGGGAGCUCUAACAUGGGAGAGGCAGGUGGGAGGGGAGCUGUACCGCUGUCUGUACUCAUCCUAAGCCUCCUCAUCCUCUUCAUUUCUGCCGUGUUUGUGGCUGCUGGUUUUUUUGCCUUUGUUCUGCGUCGCAGGAAGAAGCUGCCUUUCCGGAAACGUUCUGAGGUCGAUCUGACAGGGAUCCAAAUGCAAUGCAGGAUUUUUGAGGACCCACCGAGACAGAGUAGUGCCGGUAACACUGGCACACCAGAAAAACCAACACCCAAUAUGCACACACACACUCAUACUAGUCACACACAUGCCCACGGUCACGUUUAUGAUUACAUCCCUCACCCCGUGACUCAAAUGUGUAACAACCCCAUAUAUAAGCCGAGAGAGGGAGAGAUAGCUGAGGAAGAAAGAGCGCAGUUUUCAGAGAAGAAAGACAAUGGCACCAGUAGCAACAGCAACUACAGAACCUUAUUAGAGAAAGAGAGAGAGUGGACCCUGGCAGUCUCCAACUCUCAACUCAACACCAUUGUCACAGUCAACCAUACAACGGCUGACAUGGCAGGAUUUCAUGAAAAUGGAGGGCUCUGCCCUACAGUCAUUGACAGUCAGAGGCCCACGCCAACAGUGGGCUUUGUAGACUGUUUGUAUGGGACAGUACCCAAACUAAAGGACAUGCAUGUGGCGCAUGCGCACCCACCAGGCAUGCAGUACCCAGAUUUGCAGCAGGAUGCACGGCUAAAGGAGACAUUGCUUUUUACGGCAGGGAAAGGCUGCUACCCUGACCCGUCCCAAAGCGAUUACCUCGAGUUAAGGGCCAAACUUCAAACCAAGCCGGAUUACCUCGAAGUCUUGGAAAAAUCUUACCGGUUUUAACAUCUCUAGCCCUUGGGGAAAAAAAGCAAAACACAAAACCAACACUCACUUUUCCACCCUCAAAACAAAAUCACCCAAAACCAAUAUCAAAAAAACAAUAACUUGAAAAAGCAGCAUGAUAAAAAAGAAAUAUUACAAUACAGUUACAACACAGAUCCCCCCAAAAUCACUUUGGAGGAGAGGCCAUUCUCAGAUAUUACAAUGAAGUGCCUUUUUUUCAGAGUAGCCAGCAAUGUCAACAGCCGUUAUUUUUAUAAUAUAUAAAUAUCUCUAUAUGCCCGAGAGAGCAAAAGGGGAAUAAGAGGGGCACUGGGGAAUAAAAACAUACAAAACAUCCUAACAUGCAUCUCUCACAAAAACCCCUUUGAUGGAGUUACCAUGGUGCGAAAGACACACGGGAGCUGGACGUCUCCCUGACUUGGGGUUUUCUUUCUGUCUCUUUUACCCCUGACUAGGAUGUACAAACACCCGGAGACCGUGCACAUAAAGUUUGUAGGCAAUGACGGAGAGAGAGAGAAAAAAACUAUAUAUUAAAAUGAACUGCAGUUUGCUGCAUGCACUCGCUUCAGUGCAGGAAGCGAGGGGAUUUACUCAUAACUACCACACCACAUUAUGAACAGAGAUACUGCAACGCAUUUACAGUUCAGUGUUCUAUUUAAUUUUUAUAUCUUAUUAAUAUGGUUAUUACUAUUAAUGAGGACUUCUGUCUAUAUCAGGGUGCUUCUCGUAAAAAGGACGCGCCAACGUACGGAUGGUUAAACAUUUGUGAAUAUUAUUAUAAGACAACGCUCAAGGUUUUCUGGAUAUUUCCAUGCACUUUGUUGAUCCCUCUUCCAUUGCUUCUGGAUUCCCCAUUGUCACCCACUAACGGCUUUGUAGGAAGCACUUUUAAUGUUUUCUCUCUCACAAAGAUUUGAAGAAAAAUGUGCAUAUAUUUAUUCUGUAAUUUCAGUGAAGAAUUUAAUUGUAAAGGUAAUGUUAAAUCAAUGUAUAGUGAUUAUGCGUCUGGUAUAGCCUUCUUAAUAAAAACAAACUCUUCAAUCAAA